AUGAUCUCCAUGCAGAAGAGGAUUUUUCUUGUCUUAAUAUUUGCAGUUGCAAUUGUACUGUACAAAUGCUGGGAAUUGGACAGAUAUUAUUUCAUUCAAAGCUACUUCAGAAUAGUCCUGAUGAAAAACAAUUCUGGCACAAAAGUUUCUGAUCUUGCAUCUCCAGGCAAGAAACCCGGGAUUAUGUUUGUGGAGUCGACUGACAACGUAGAGCCGACACCAUUAGUGGUGUGUUCAGUGGAGUCUGCUGCUCUCCGAAACCCAGACAAACCAAUCUAUUACUUCAUGAAGGGAUUCAGUGGCAACUUGAACCAGUAUCCACAGUCUGAGUACAAAGUCAUCCCAUUGCUCUCCUCAGUGAGGAAUGUCACCAUUCUACCCUUGAAUCUCGCUGAACUGUUCGAAGGGACUCCAUUAAAAGGCUGGUAUCAAAAGGUAAAACCAGAAAAGGAGAGGCACUGGACAUAUCUACUUGCUGAUGGCUGCAGGUUGGCACUGCUCUGGAAAUACAGAGGAAUCUACCUGGACACUGACAUUAUAUCACUGAGAUCUAUGCCGUUUGCUAAUUUUACAUGUCCAGAGAGCACAGAAACUGUCAAUAAUGCGGCACUUGGUUUCCAUUAUAAGCACCAUACCUUUUUGUGGAAUUGCAUGGAAGAUUUUGUGGCCCAUUACAAUGGGGAUAUUUGGGGUCAACAGGGUCCUCGACUGAUCACCCGUGUGCUGAAGAAAUGGUGCAAUACUAGUAAACUAGCCACCUUCAUUGGCAAGGAAUGCAAUGGCAUCUCUAUAUGGAUCACAAAUCGUUUCUAUCCAGUCCCAUAUCUAGCAUGGGGGAGCUACUACGUUCACUGGGAAAAGGGGAAUAUAGAACGGGCCUUCUCAGCCUCAUAUGGAGCACAUAUCUGGAAUUACAUGAAUUUCAGAAAGAAAGCAAAUACUGUUGCUGGAAGUGGAUCAUUAAUUGAACAGUUUUUCCAACUGCAUUGUCCAAUCACAUACAAAAAAUUAAUUCAAUCCAGAAAUAGUACCGCAUCAGUUCAGACUUGA